GAACCUGUGAUGAAUGUUCAACGUCUUUACGUGACCUGAGAGUUUUUCUCUCUCUCGCACUACAACCACAAUUAUUCCCGACCAACAUAUCAUGCCAACACUCUACCCGAGAAGAUGAGAAAGAGGCAAUGCGGUCUCGUACGGGAUGUCUGACUUGCCGUUCACGAAAGCUCAAAUGCGAUGAAGCGAAACCAAUCUGCGGUCAAUGCCGGAAGGGCUCUCGAGAAUGCCAACCCAGCGAUGGUGUAGUGUUCAGACAUCAGCAGAAUGCGUCGAUGAACGGGAAUGGGGAGGUGGAGGAGGGAAGUGCUCGAUUGGGAGGGUUCUAUGCAUACCGAAAUACAUUCAAUGAGGACAAUGUGUGGGUGGAAGUACCCAAGACAGUAACGUUUCUCAAUAUCACGGACCCGUACAACAUGGAACCAACUCCCGAGCCUGAAUAUCGACCCGCAACAACACCCAUAAUCGUGCCACAACUGGAGGAAAGGCCUUCAGAAAGCUACUUUGCUAUGCCAUUCGAUCAAGCGCCUGGUUUGGAAGCGUUAUCUACGGCAGCAACGAGUAAUUUUCAUUAUAUACGGCCAUUGUCGGUUCCGGUUCCAUCGCCUGGAGAUACCCAUGCAUCACCUCACUCGUCCAAUAAUCUUAACUUUAUCCUCAACCCCACGAGACCUGAGACUCCUCAUGGAACUUCCACACCAGCAAUUGAUCCUUCAUUAAUAGCUCCCCCGGAUCGUGCUGGUCAACCAUCGCCAGUCAGUGAGCAUGAGGUUGCAUUUUUGUUGCGGCAUUUUGGCGAGACAGCUGGACAAUGGAUGGACCUCUUUGACCUUGGAUGUUACUUCGCACAUCACGUUCCUGUCCAGUCCAAGUCAAACCCACUACUUAGAUACUCAGCAUGCGCGUACGCGGGGAAGCAACUCGGCCGAGUCAACGGACGGAAGGCUGUUGUUGGAGGUCUAGCUGGCAGGCAGGCAGACAUGGAAUUACAUCCACGACAUGAGACCAUUGAUUGGGCUUAUGUUGGUGCGAAGUACUACGACCGAGCUAUCUCCCUUCUUAUGGAAGAACUAUCGAAUUCGAGAACCCAAGAGCCACCCAUGACGCCAAUGACCGCGAUUGAAGAAACAUUGAGCCCCCAGAGCACGAGCCAAUCCCCUCGUAGUGAUCCACGAACACCAGCUAAUAAGAGGCGCCGACUUUCAAGGCCUGCGUCAUCGAGCAAUGCGGACGAAACUCUUGCAGCGGCCGCAAUACUGUGUGUGUACGAAUUUCUCGAUAACGCCAACUCUGCCUGGGCUCGUCACCUCAGCGGCACGAAGUCAUUAUUCGACUUGGCUGAAAAAGAAGGGAUGAUGCCUGUCCAAUCACCCACAAGUCCGGGUGCAAUCUCCCAGCGUAUCAGACCAUCAAGAGCUCGGAGAGCAACCUUCUGGAACUUCGCACGACAAGACUUCCUUGCUGCACUCAUCAACGAAGGCCAAACAAGACUGAAUACUGAGGAUUGGGAUCUGUGGCGAGCUGCUGGACUCCAGAUUGAUCAGCAAGGAUUUGUGGUACCAAGCAACACCCGCGAGACGACCUUCCCAGAGCAAACUGUUAUGAGAGAAGAUAUGAUAUCCAAUGCCCUCAUUUGGCUGAUGUCUAAGAUAGUCAAUUAUAUGGCUUCGGGAGACUCUGUUGACCAUGUCUUCCCGCAGGAUCCAUCAAGUCCCACUGGAAUCAUUGGAAUCAAUCAAAUGCUCUUGCUCGAGAGGUGGAAGGAGCUUGAAAAAGAACUAGAAGUUUGGCGGCAGGGCUUGCCAGAUACUUUCAAACCUUGCGCACGAUUACCACCGGUCACCGACGGAAGCGUAUCCUUCAAUUCCGCUCGAGCCAUAUUUUCAGAGAUCUGGUACAGCAUACCCAUGUGCGCAUCGACCAUGCAAUCGUAUCACAUGGCCAGGACUAUUUUACUCAUCAACAAACCUCACGAGUCAACAGCACGCCGAACCACACUUUCUGACAGGCUCAGCUCUUACCGAGCCAUCGAAAGAGAAGUUCGUCAUCACGUUCACGAGAUAUGUGGCAUCGCAUUAUCAAGGCCCGAAGGCAGUGUUAGAAUUCAUCAAGUGCAACCACUCUUUGUUGCAGGCCAGUGUCUGAGUGAAACCCGCGAACGUCGUGUCGUCUUAGAUUUGCUUCGUGGGAUCGAAUCAGAUCUAGGUUGGGCGACUGACUAUCGCGUGCAGAAGCUGCUCAAAGAGUGGGAAUGGAACCAAGCGGCGACGUAAAGAAAUUUUCCAAACACAGUUCUAUGCAACCUCAUCUGUAUCAUGGAUAUUCUUACAUUACAGGACCUGGUGGGCACUUACAAUAGCCCAUUCCGAAUGAAAAACCUCGAUCCAAAAGCAAAAAGUAGGCAUGGAAGUUUCGAAACCCAUCGUUCCGACGCGACUUUGUUCCAUACACUAGAUAGU